AGGAGGAGGGAGGACUGUAACACUGAAUCAGUUACAGGUCGCUGUAGCUGGAGCGCAGUUGUGAGGGCGGUCGUGGAUGCGGAGAGAGGGUCGCACAUAUGGUCUCACAGCGCAGGAUCUCUGAGGAUUAUUACCGCUGCAAAAGGAACCUUACUGCGCCUUUUUGAGCGACCAAUUCACUGUGGAUAUACUUACAUGAACGGAAUAUAAAGAGAGGAUUAGUAGAAGGUCAGGACAUUCACAGUUAUGGGAGGGGUCAAGACGUAUAUCGUCCUUGGGAGUAUGUUGGCAGCGCUACUGUCAGUUACCUCUGGACUGCCACCAACCAUUGUGCCUGACAAAGAAGCAUUGAUCGUGCAGCCUAUGUCUGUGUUCAACAUAAGUUGCACCGGAAAAAGAAAUGUGAUUUGGGCCGAGCCGCUGCAGGAAAACACCUACGUUUAUCCGGGAUACUACACGGCAACGCUCUUCAUUUAUAAUGCAACAGUAGAAAACACCGGCUACUACAUGUGUGUAUAUGAAACCCAGAAGGAUGAACUACAGACUGACUUGGAAGAAGAGAAUGAGGCGGGAAUAUAUGUCUUUGUGCCAGAUCCCCAGGUGCCAUUUGUUCCUGAGACCCCUGACAACUUGGUUGUCCAGAUGGACCGGAAUGGAGUCCCCAUCUCCUGUCGUGUGUCGGACCCCUACUUUCCUGUCAUCCUGAGGAGUGUCCCCAGUGGAGAGGAGAUGUCUGCCUACUAUGACAGCAAGAUGGGCUUCUUUGGGAGCCUCUCUCCUGGGCAGUACCAGUGUGAAACCACUGUGUAUGGGCAGACAGUCACAAGUGCAAUUUACACUGUGAAAACUGAGGGUGCCACUGUAGCCCCUGCAGAGAUGGAGGAUUUCAGUGUGGAAGUAAAAGCUAGUGAGGAGACGGUGAGAGCAGGGCAGCCUUUCACCAUCACCUGCACCACUCCCACAGGGCUGGGCUUUCAGCAGCAGUGGCUCCAUCCUAAAAAACAGGCUGUGGAUGCAGUUCAACUGAAAGAGACCUUUCCUGACCGAGUCAUCUACACUCUCAGUAUCCUAGAAGCCACCUCUCAGGAUAGUGGGACCUACGAGUGCUCCAUCACCCACGUAAUCACCAGAGAGGUCAGAGUCAGCAGCGUGGCUGUUACCGUCUUUGAAGAAAAUUCCUUUGUGGUACUGGACUACAGUGGAAUUCUAGCCACUGAGUUUAUCAGCCUUUUGGAGGAGACAGAGUUUACUAUCCUGAUUGAUGCCUACCCAGCACCCAAAGUGAAGUGGCUGAAAGAUGGCAGGGCUCUACCAGGGAGCUACUUCAUCCUCACCAAAACGAGCCACCUUGAAGGCAACCGGUAUCAGAGCAUUCUGACAUUCCGACAGCCUCUGGAGAAAGACAAUGGGAAUUAUACCAUUAUAGCCCUCAGUGGCUCUCGGACUGCUCAAUUCUCUUUUACUCUCAAAGUGAAAGCCCCCACUGCAAUGAUGUUCCCACCCUCCUCUGCCCCUGUGCUGCUGCCACAGCUAGAGGAGAUGGUGGUGCCCCUCCACACUCCUUUCACCUUAACCUGUCACGGAGAGGCACAACUAGCCUGGGAGAAACCACUCGAUGUGUCUGAGCAAAUGCAGGAGGACAACAGCGGCCUGUUCAUCUCCACCAUUACUGUGGAAAAAGCCACUGCAAUGCACACUGGCUACUACAUAUGUUUUUACAGCAGAAAUGCCACUGAUGAGAUGGAGGACAGCAGCAUCUACAUCUAUGUGCCAGAUCGAGAUGUUCCCUUUGUGCCAUCACUGGUGAGUUUUGGUAACCACAUCCUGUCAGACAAUGAGGAGAUGGAGAUCCAGUGUCGAGUAUCUGAUCCCAGUGCUAACGUGACCCUGGUUAACGUUGACACCCAGCUGCCUGUGCCUAGUGUUUAUGACAGCAAGAGGGGUGCUUUGGGGAUAUUUACUGCUGGAACCUACGUCUGUAAGGCCCUAAUAAACGGAGAGGAACAUUACAGUGAGGAAUACAUCGUUCAUGGCUGGACAGGUGCUGCUGCUCUGCAUGUUGAGCUGACAGCCAAGCAGACUGCUCUCCUGGUGGGAGACACUAUCACAGUCACCUGUCUUGCUCAGGGAUCUGAGAUUCUGGAAGACCACUGGAAAUACCCUGGAAAACUGGCCAAUCGUGCAAUCAAAGCAGUGCAUGAGAAUAAGAAGGAUCACGAGAUCAUUUACACCCUGACCAUCCCACAAGCCUCAACCAAAGACAGCGGCAUCUACUCCUGCUCCAUCACUGAUAUUAUUACAAAUGAGAGCCAGACAAAGCAACUAGCUAUCAGAGUGUUUGCAAGUGAGUUUAUGUCCAUCCAGCCGCUGUUCAAAGAAUAUGAAUGGGCAGAGUUGGAUGAGGUCCGUGAGUUCAGGGCCGAAAUCAGCUCCUUCCCCACUGCUCAUGUCACUUGGCUCAAAGAUGGCACCCCACUCAGCAGUGUGACAGAGAUCUCCACCAGUCUCCGGCAGCUCAACGAGACCAGCUACAUGAGUGUUCUCACCUUGAUCCGAGCCAAGGAGGAGGACAGCGGGAACUACACCAUACGAGUGGAGAAUGGAAACCAAAGUCAAGAUGUCAGCUUAAUGCUGGAAGUCAGAGUGCCUGCAGUGAUUGUUGACCUAAUGGACAUCCACCAUGGCUCAGCUGCAGGCCAGUCUGUGCUGUGUAUUGCUAGAGGGCAGCCCACACCUGUGGUGGAGUGGUUCAUUUGCAAAAACAUCAAACAUUGUGCCAAUGACUCAUCCUCCUGGGGGCCCCUCCCUGCCAAUGCCACAGAGAUCACAGUGGACUCGCACAUCGAUAAGGACAAUAACCUGGAGAGCCAGGUCAUGUUUGGCCAUCUAGAGAACACAUUGGCUGUGCGCUGCCUGGCUAGGAAUGAAAUGGCCACUGUCGCCAGGGAGGUCAAGCUAGUGUCCAGCGGCCCUCAUCCUGAGCUGAGUGUAGCUGCUGCUGUGCUGGUGCUCCUGGUCAUUGUCAUCAUCUCACUCAUUGUCUUGGUUGUAAUCUGGAAACAGAAACCACGAUAUGAGAUCCGCUGGAGGGUCAUAGAGUCUGUGAGCCCAGAUGGCCAUGAAUACAUCUAUGUCGAUCCCAUGCAGCUUCCCUAUGACUCCAGAUGGGAGUUCCCCCGUGACAGGCUUGUGCUUGGUCGUGUCCUGGGCUCCGGAGCUUUUGGGAAAGUGGUAGAAGGCACCGCCUAUGGACUCAGUCGCUCCCAACCCGUCAUGAAGGUGGCAGUAAAGAUGCUGAAACCCACGGCACGAUCCAGUGAGAAACAGGCCCUGAUGUCUGAACUGAAGAUCAUGACUCAUCUGGGACCUCAUCUCAACAUUGUUAAUCUCCUGGGAGCAUGCACUAAGUCAGGCCCUAUCUACAUUAUCACAGAGUACUGCCUCUACGGAGACCUGGUCAACUACCUGCACAAAAACAGAGACAACUUCCUCAGUCUGAACCCAGAGAAAAGUAAAAAAGAUCUGGACAUCUUUGGCAUCAACCCUGCAGAUGAGAGCAGCCGGAGUUAUGUGAUCCUGUCCUUUGAGAGCAAAGGAGACUACAUGGAUAUGAAACAAGCUGACAACACUCAGUAUGUGCCCAUGCUGGAGAUGAGCAAUGCCUCCAAGUACUCGGACAUCCAAAGGUCCAACUACGAUCACCCACCCUCUCAGAAAGGCUCGAGUGAGGGCGAGAUGGACAACCUGCUAUCAGAUGACAUGAAUGAGGGCCUGACCACCACCGACCUGCUCAGCUUUACCUACCAAGUGGCCAAAGGCAUGGAAUUCCUGGCUUCCAAAAAUUGUGUGCAUCGGGACCUCGCAGCCAGGAAUGUCCUUCUUUCUCAGGGCAAAAUAGUAAAGAUCUGUGACUUUGGACUGGCCAGAGACAUCAUGCAUGACAACAACUAUGUCUCCAAAGGGAGUACCUUUCUCCCAGUGAAGUGGAUGGCACCUGAAAGUAUUUUUGACAAUUUGUACACCACUCUCAGUGAUGUUUGGUCCUACGGCAUCCUCCUCUGGGAGAUAUUCUCCUUAGGUGGCACCCCAUACCCAGGGAUGGUUGUGGACUCGAGCUUCUACAACAAGAUUAAGAGUGGAUACAGGAUGUCCAAACCAGAGCAUGCACCUCAUGAUGUGUAUGAGAUGAUGAUGAAGUGCUGGAACAGUGAGCCAGAGAAGAGGCCCACUUUUCUGGGUCUGAGUGAAACUGUAGCUUCUUUGCUGCCCUUCAGCUACAAGAGACAUUAUGAGAGGGUGAACCACGAGUUCCUAAAAAGCGACCAUCCUGCUGUGACUCGGGUGUGCAUGGAAAAUGAUGACGCCUACAUCGGCAUCACCUACAAGAACCAGGGCAAGCUGAAGGACAGGGAAAGCGGCUUUGAUGAACAGCGGCUGAGCUCUGACAGUGGCUACAUCAUUCCCUUGCCUGACCUGGAUCCUAUAUCUGAUGAUGAAUAUGGAAAGAGGAACAGACACAGCUCACAGACGUCUGAGGAGAGUGCCAUCGAAACGGGCUCCAGCAGCUCCACCUUUGCUAAGCGCGAGGGUGAGACUCUGGAGGAUAUCACGCUGCUGGACGAGAUGUGUCUGGACUGUAGUGACCUGGUGGAGGACAGUUUUCUGUGACAACUGCUCAGCCUGUAGAGCAGGAGCAGCAAGGAAAAGGGACAUAGGGAUACAGGAAACUAGAGAAAGACUGCUGUCUCCCCUCUAGCCCCGCUAUUCCUCCUACUUAAAUGCCCUUUCAGAGGACAAAACAAAACCACUUCACUGCCUGGAGGAGUUUGUGAUGACAGUAUGGUACGCUUCUCACUUCUCCCUGGACAGUGCCCCCUACUGGGCUGGACAAGCAGGUGAGCAUUGAUGAAAACAUCAAGGACUCAAAUAACCACAGUCACUGAGCCUGUGUGUUGGACCUAGCUAGAUAAGAGAGAACAACAAUGUCGUUUUAAUUUGCAGAGUUUUAUUCUAUUGGGCAUUCUUUUAACAGCAAAAUAAGCAGGAGGAACGACUCAAACAUGCUGGUCAGCAGCUCUAAAUGAACAACCACCACAGCAG